AUGAACUGCUUCUCCAACCUCUCAUCCUACACUGCCGCCAUCCUCGCUCGCUUCCUAUCCAUCCGUCGUUCCCUCUGCAACUUCCCCAUUAAGCUAACUCUUCCUCCUACUCUCUCUCCCCGCUCUCAAUUCGUGCUCGCUAGGUUUCCCUCUGGCUGCUGCUGCUACUCCUCCUCCUCUGCCAAGAAAGGCCGCAAGAAGAAGGUGGUGGAGCCUGAACCUGUGGCGUCUGUUAUGGAGCACGAGGAGAAGGUCACCUUCUUUGUGGUCCGAAAAGGGGACAUCGUUGGAGUAUAUGAUACACUCGUUGAUUGCCAGUCUCAAGUUGGAUCCUCUGUAUGUGAUCCUCCUGUUAGUGUGUACAAGGGAUAUUCUUUAUCGAAGGACACUCAGAAUUAUCUUGUUUCACGUGGACUCAAGAAUGCCUUGUACACAAUUAGAGCUGCUGAUUUGACAGAGGAUUUAUUGGCAUGCUUGUUCCUUGCCCUUUCAAAGAAUUUGCUCCAAGGUUGUGAUCCUGCUUCUAUUGAAAGGGCCACUUCAAGUAACGAUGUAUCGAAAAAGAGAUAUGUAGAGAUGCUUGAACUAGAUAAUGUGAUAUACUGA